UCUCCCCCGCAGCGGCUGGGCCGCGAGGAUGAAGGUCAUCACGUGCGAGAUCGCCUGGCACAACAAGGAGCCGGUGUACAGCCUGGACUUCCAGCCCGGCCCGGCCGGGAGGACGCACCGCCUGGCCUCGGCGGGCGUGGACACCGCGGUCCGGAUCUGGAAGGUAGAAAAAGGACCAGAUGGAAAAGCCAUUGUAGAAUUUUUGUCCAACCUCGCUCGCCAUACGAAAGCUGUCAACGUCGUGCGUUUUUCUCCAAAUGGGGAAAUGUUAGCGUCAGGGGGAGACGACGCUGUCAUCCUGCUGUGGAAGGUGAAUGAUAACAAGGAGCCGGAACAGAUUGCUUUUCAGGACGAGGACGAGGCCCAGCUGAACAAGGAGAACUGGACUGUGGUGAAAACCCUGAGGGGUCACUUAGAAGAUGUCUAUGACAUCUGCUGGGCGACUGACGGCAACGUGAUGGCCUCGGCCUCGGUGGAUAACACGGCCAUCAUCUGGGACGUGAGCAAAGGACAAAAGAUCUCCAUUUUUAACGAGCAUAAAAGUUACGUGCAAGGAGUGACCUGGGAUCCUCUGGGACAGUAUGUCGCUACCCUGAGCUGCGACAGGAUCCUGAGGGUGUACAGCACACAGAAGAAACGCGUGGCUUUUAAUGUUUCAAAGAUGCUGUCUGGAAUAGGGGCUGAAGGAGAGGCAAGAAGCUACCGGAUGUUUCAUGACGACAGCAUGAAGUCUUUCUUCCGCAGACUGAGCUUUACUCCCGACGGGUCCUUGCUCCUCACGCCAGCGGGAUGUGUGGAAUCUGGUGAAAAUGUCACGAAUACAACUUAUGUUUUCUCCAGGAAGAAUCUUAAAAGGCCGAUUGCCCAUCUUCCGUGUCCUGGGAAGGCGACGCUGGCCGUCCGCUGCUGUCCCGUCUACUUUGAGUUGAGGCCAGUGGUGGACUCAGACAGGCCUCAGGAGCCGGGGGUGGAGCUGGCGGACCUGCCCUACCGCAUGGUGUUCGCCGUGGCUUCGGAGGACUCGGUGCUCCUGUAUGACACGCAGCAGCCCUUCCCCUUCGGCUACGUGUCUAACAUCCACUACCACACCCUGAGCGACCUUUCUUGGUCCAGCGACGGGGCCUUCCUGGCCAUCUCCUCCACCGACGGCUACUGUUCCUUCGUGACCUUUGCGAAGGACGAGCUCGGAGUGCCUCUGAGAGAAAAGCCAGUCCUGAGCCUGGGAACUCUUGACAUCGCCAAGAAAACCAAGAGUCAGACGCACCCGGGGUCCUCGCCGGGACCCAGGUCGGUGGAGGGGACCCCAGCCGGCAAAAUGCCGGACCCCAGCAGUCCCAGUACCACCCCGCCUCAGGCCAAACAGUCUCCAGUCCCCCCAGUGCCCAAGGACACCCCCGCGGCCACCCCUGCUGCCAGGAGCUCCUUGCCGGGGCCUUUGGAGGAGAAGAAGACCCUGCAGCCCAGCAGCCAAAACGCGAAGGCCCCCCCGGCCCGGAGGGUCACGCUGAACACGCUGCAGGCCUGGAGCAAGACCACGCCCCGGAGAAUAAACUUAGUGCCCUUAAAGACAGACACGUCCCCGAAUUCUGUACCGGCCAGCGUCACCCCCGCCCCUGCCACAGAGGACGUGCAGUCAGACCCGCAGGGCGCGCCUCCAGAGCUCAAGCGGCCCAGGCUCGGUGAGCCUGUCAUCGGCAGCGUCGUCGGCAGCUCAGGUGUGGAUGCCUGACAAGGCGCCGGAUGCGUCCCCUGACCCCAGCCUGAGACCAGCGGCUUCAGAUGGGGCCUCAAGGACACCCAGGAUACACAUGGACUGGCUUUUUUCCAGAAAGGUGUUUGCUCUUGUGUUCACCAUGCUUUGUCACCUUGGAGACGUGAACAUUUUAACAGACCAAACCUUGCCAUGCGUUCCUGACACUGGAGCAGUUCAGUGUUAUCUGGUGUGGAAAUCAGUAAGUCCUCCCUUGAAGCACUGAUCAGGAAGGACAGAUGCCUCAAGGGUGGACUCUUCCUAAAGCUGGAAGUUGAAAGAAGAGAAAGUAACUUGAGAAGGUUUAUUCUGUUGAGCUUUAGAAUGUUUCACUAUUCGCUUUAGCUUCUAAAUAGUUAAUUUCAGAAGUUUAUGUUCAUUUCCUGAUUUUAAUAAUGCUCAUUCUAGAAGGUCCAUGAGCUGGAGUACAGGCCAAGAAACAGGUUGAGGUGGGAAUCCCCCAUUAUCUCACCACCAGAAGGGACCCUCAUUAGUAUUCUGGCAUAUUUCCUUCUUAACAUUAGAUUGUUCUGUUUCUUUCUUUCUUUUUUUUUUUUUUUAAGAGAGAGUUGAGAUUUUGUUUUAGGUACAAUUUGGUAUCCAAAUACUCUGAGUUUUUAGACUGAUUUUUCAAAGGAAAAAUAAUCACUUUACUCAGCAGUUUGUCUGCCUCUGCUUCCUCCCGUCCCGGGUGAGGACUUGCUUUGUGUUGGGAGGAACCGAGGGGCCUGGGCUGAGCUGUGGCUGCAGGUGAGGAGUCACACGUGUGGCCUCGGCUCAGAAGCCCUCGGGAAGCAGAGGCCUGACCAGAGAGCCCUCGGGAGGCAGAAGAGCCUGACCAGAGA